UUGUUUUUUCAUCUUGGAUUGGGAAAAUCGAUUUUGCCUAGAAUCUUGUUUUAUUUUGGAAUAUCUUUAAAUAGAAAAGCCAAAAACCAUCGUUAUUGAUCUAAAAUAGAUUUUGGAUUCUUGUGUAACAGUAUGGAUUCUCUGGUGGGCUACGGCAGCGACGAAGACCAUGAAAGUGAACGAUACGAGGUUCACAAUAAACCAUCGGUGAGCCACGGCGGCGGCGGGAGGCGCCGGGACGAUGACACCAACUAUGACGACGUGAACAUGGACAUGAGCGAGGAUUCCCAGGCGGAGUCGGAGCCCGAGCUGCCGCCGGCGGAGCCCGCGCCACGCCCCGACGCCCGCCAAGAUGACGGGAAACAUUCACGUGGUCGCAGCGCGAGUCGCGAGCGGUCGUCGGACAAGCGGCGCGACGACCGCGACCGUCGCCGCGACGACCGCGGGCGCCGCGAACGCCCGGACCGACCAGACAAGCCGGAGCGCUACAACAGAGAGCGUGAUCGUGACCAGCGGCGGCACGACGGCGGCUCGCGGCGCGGCCUGCUCGGCGACCGGCCCGACGACAGGGCUGAUAAGAUCCCGGCCGCAGCGGAGGCGCGAGGCAGCGAGCCCGCCUCCCGCUCGCACGACGCACGGGAUGCAGUGUCUCCGAGGUUCGUAGACCGCGACCGCCGUGACAGAGACCGCGAGCGAGACAGAGACCGGCACGGACGACGAUCCGAGGAGAAGAGGGGUGGUCGCGAGCGCUACUCCGAGCGUCGUUCGCGCUCGCGCUCUCGAGAGUCUCGCGAGCGCCGCGCCGCCUUCCCGCCGCCCGAGCCGCCCGUCGCCGCUCACAGCUCCGGAGAACGGAGGAUAUCCCCCGCCACCACCGACUACCGGCCCUCCUCGUACAAAGUCAACAGGAAACUCGAAGUUAUGGAGAAAAUGGGUCUUCAAAUCAAGACGCCGGACGGCUCGAUGGCGACGGCGCAGCAGCUGCGGCGGGCCGCCUGCGACGCGCCGCCCGCCGCCGCCGGCGCGCCCCAGCCCUCCUUCUUCAACGCGCCCAGCAUGCACGCGAAUAAGGCCUUAGAUCAGGUACAAAAGCGCAAGUUACUCUGGUCGGGCAAGAACAAGUCGCCUGCAGAAGAAGCGGCCAAGUGGAGCGGCGCGCGGUUCGCGCAGGACAACGACGGCAAACAGGUCUCCAAGUUCAUGCGACUCAUGGGCAUCAAGGAACCAGCGGCCGUCAAACCCGAGGCUCCGGAAAAGGCAGUGGACCCCAUCAAGAAGCAGGAGGAGCUGUUCCAGGCGAUGCAACAGCAGUACGAGGUGGCGCGCGCCGCGACCCACACCAUGCGCGGCGUGGGCCUCGGCUUCCAGCGGGGGCAGUUCUAGAAUGUUCCUCUUGUGUAGUUAUAUGUGGAUAUUUUACGUAAAACAAAAGAAUGAAGCAGUCAGGAGCACACCAUGCGCGGGGUCAGCCUCGGCUUCCAGCGGGGGAGGAUCUCCUACUGUGAAGGUGUUGUGGAUAUUUCACGUACAAACCAGCGCCACUAGCGGUUCCUAGGGUAAACGAAUGAUUGAAGAUUUAUACGCAGAUGAUAGAUGGAACCGCUAAAUGAUCGUGGCCGAGGCUGACUGAUUAAUCAAUAUAGGGGGACUUGGUGACCUAUAUCCCCUAUAUGUAGAUUAUCAGAGGGCAU